AUGCUGAGCUCAUGCUGGGAGGAUAACAUCGAAGUCAUGAGACGAACUUCAUUGCCGACGUCCAGAAAGGCGGUGAUUUGCAAACUGCCUGCGUUCCCUGGAAGAAAUGAACAUUCCAAGGCUGUCGAAAGCGAGGAGCUAAGAUUGAGCGCGCCAUCUACACCAUCUCUGUCGGCAGCAACACUUGAAGCUGGAUGGUCUGCAACACUCUGCUUGUACACCAACUUGUCGCAGAUCUGCUUCCAGAGCAAAGCCGACAACGCGAAGAUAGCGAGCAGAUCAUGCGACAUACUGGAAACCACCGAGUUGCGAUCUAUCUCGACCAAUCUUCGCAGCCAUGACAAUGGGUCGGAUUCGGUUGAGCAGAAUCAAAGCAAUACGGCCAUUAUAUACACCGAUGGCGAAGAUCUUGUCUCCGCUGAAAAAAAUCCAAUUCACGAGUCCGGGGGUCUAAACAAAUUUCUAUGGCAAGAUAUUGAUGUUGCCUUGCUUGUUGAGCCGUCGGCAUACACGCUGAUUUUCCGCCACAACUUCAUGUCCAACCUCGAGGCCAGAAAUUUUGGCGCAACGCUUUCUUCGACACUCGAUGCUCUCCUGGAAACGAAGAGCACCAAGCUCUUUAAAGACCUCAACAUUAGUCAACAGGACUUGCAAAACAUCAUAGCAUGGAACAAGAUAGAUUUCAUCCCCAAGAAGUCUUUGGUUCAUGCCGAAUUCUCCAAAGUGGCCGACUCACAGCCUGAUGCCGAGGCUAUCGAUGCUUGGGACGGUCGAAUGACUUAUAGAGAGCUUGAUGAUGCCUCAACAGACAUAUCAAGGGAGCUGCGACGCCGCGGAGUCGGCGUCGGAUCAUGGGUUCUGGUUUGCUUCCACAAAUCACGCUGGUCGAUCGCCUCUAUGCUGGCUGUGCUCAAGGCGGGUGCAGCUUUCGUGCCUGUUGAUCCCAGAUUCCCAGAAUCGCGCAUACGACAGAUCAUUGACGUCACAAAUGCGACCCAUGCGGUGGUCGCUGAAGGUGAUCUUGCUGUGCUGUUGAAGAGAUCAUCCCCAGAACUUCAGGUCGUCCAAGCCACUCGGCUCAGUGUUCAGGGGCUAUCGACUGACAAGCAAGUCGAGGAUCUUUUACCACAACCCCAUGAUCCUGCAAUAUGCUUGUUCACAUCUGGAAGCACUGGAAUUCCCAAAGGCAUCAUUGCCUCACAUGCUGCAGUCUGCACUGGGGCUUGGGAGUUUGGGAGGAUUGGUAACGCGAACCCCGCAGAUCGGAUGCUUCAGUUCGCAUCAUACACCUUCGACAUGUCCUAUGCAGAUAUAGUCACUGCCCUGCUCCAUGGUUCGACACUAUGUAUUCCAUCUGAGGAUGACCGUAUGGGAAACCUGCAGGAGUUUAUCCAACGCUCACGCCCAACAUGGGCAAACUUGACGCCAACAGUGGCUCGACUUCUCGAUCCUGCUGUCUGCUCCAGAACAAUCAAAAAGCUGCUUCUCGCGGGUGAGCUAGUCAAGGAGUCAGACAUCGCUGGCUGGAUAGAUGGCGGCGCAGAGAUUUAUAAUGUUUACGGUCCAGCCGAGAAUGUUCUCAUCCUCAAUUUUGGGCGGAUAUUCAGAGGAGCCGCUUAUAACACGACUCGACCAAGGAAUACCCGUGUUUGGGUUGCUGAAAUGGACAAGCGUCGCCUGAUGCCAGUUGGCGCCAUUGGCGAACUUAUAUCUGAAGGUCCGCAGGUGGCUGACGGGUAUUUAAACGACCCAACUCGGACGGCUGCCAGCUUUCUGCUUGACGUGGACUUUUUCCCCAAUCCAACGCCGGAGCAAUCGUCUCCACGGCGGUUCUACCGGACUGGCGACUUAGCACGACAAUUCGCCGAUGGCUCGUUUGAGGUGAUCGGUAGAGCAGACUCACAGGUCAAGGUUGGUGGACAGCGCAUAGAACUCAGUGAUAUCGAGGCACAUAUCAAGUCAUGCAGGGCGGCCGUAGUCCUUCCCAAAAAGGGCCCGCUUGCUAACCGACUGACUGCAAUCCUCCAAACUCAAAGAACGUCAGACGCAGAUGAUUCUUACUUCACACCCCUCAACUCAGCGUUCGUCGAAGAAACUCGUAAGAAGCUAAUCGAAAGCCUUCCUCCGUAUAUGAUUCCAUCCCACUGGCUAGGAAUCGACAAAUUCCCGUACUCAACCUCAUCAAAGCUCGACAGAAAACUUCUGCUGAAUGAGGUCGAGAUCUUGUCGCAGGAACAGUCAAUGCACCUCACACAUAUAGAUGGAGAUUCGCAAGCCCACCAGACAGUCUCCCUCAAUGAACGGCAAGAGCUUCUUCAGGAAAUCUGCAGUCAGGUGUUCAACCUGCCAAAGGAUAGAGUCAUCAUGACCCAUUCGUUUACCAAACUCGGAGGUGAUUCGAUCACGGCUAUGCAGAUUUCUUCCGCAACAAGAAGGGCCGGUCUUGGGUUCCUCUCUGUCAAGCAUAUAUUAACAUCAAAAUCACUUCUGGAUGUUGCCGAUCAGAUAAGCGAGCAAACAUCUUCGCAGUUGGAGAUUCCUGUGAUCGAGGAGCAACAGCUCUUUCGUCUUUCACCCAUGCAGCAGUUCUUCGUAGAGACAGCGCAUUCAUCUUCAGCCUGGCAUCACUACAACCAGAAUGUUCUCCUUCGGUUAACGGUGGCUGUGCAGCCAAAGCUUGUCGAACAAGCGCUCGCAGAUAUCAUCCAGCGGCACCCAAUGCUGCGUGCGCGGUUCCGAGCCUCCUCAGAUGGGGAAUGGAUGCAAUAUAUUGCUACUGCGACAGACUCUGAUUUCCAAUUGGAACUUAUCUCGGAUGACUUAUCAAGAGAUGAGCAAAAACGAAGAAUGCUCCAAGCGCGACAGUCCCUCAACCUCUUCGAUGGCCCGAUCGUGCGUGCGCAACUGUUCGAAAAGCCUGCCGAAAAAGACUCGUUGCUGUUUAUCGUUUCUCACCAUAUCGUAAUCGACUUGGUCUCCUGGAGGAUCAUCGUGGAAGAACUAGAAGCAUCAAUUGCUGCUCUGACUGAGGUAGACAGUCAGGCAAUUGCGCCGGUCUUACCAGACCGAUCGCAAUCAAUUCCGUUCUCUGCUUGGGCUGAGCUACAAAGGCACCACAGCCGACGACUCAUUCCCGCACAAACAAUCCCAUAUGGUCUAUCAGUACCUGAUACAGACUUCUCUUUUUGGGGGAUCUCGUCAUCUCAAAAUGUGUACAGCGAUGUGCAGGAAAUCCGCAUAGCUCUCGAUCCAACGCUCACGUCCCAGUUCCUUUACGAUUGCCAUCGAGCGCUUCGCACAGAGCCUAUAGAUAUCCUCUUGGCAAGUAUCUUUGUAUCAUUCAGCAAAGUUUUCCCAGAAUACGCUUUACCUCCAAUCUUUAACGAAUCUCACGGAAGGGAGCCAUGGAACGAUUGGAUUGACAUUUCGCAGACCGUGGGAUGGUUCACUGUUGUAUCACCUAUUCUCCUAGAGAACGUCAAUACCGACGAUACUGUGGACGUAGUUCGGCGCGUGAAGGACUGGCGAAGAGCGAUGCCUGCCAAGGGAUUCCAGUACUUCUCGUCCAAGUAUCUGACUGAGGAGGGGCGGUCUGCUUACAAGAAUCAUCUGCCAGCCGAAAUUCUCUUCAAUUACGAGGGACGCUACCAAUCCCUGGAAAAGGAAGAUGCGAUUCUCAAGCCUGAAUCGUGGACAGCAGGCGAGGAGUUGGCUGAUAUGGGCCCUAAUCUCCAAAGGUUCUGCUUGUUCGAAUUAUCGGCUGCUGUGCUUUCUGAUGGAAAGCUGCAUCUGACAAGUGCAUGGAACUCAAAAACACGGCAUCAAAGUCGAAUAUCUUCUUGGCUGGAAUCUGUUCUACCUUCGGUUCUACAGGAUGUCGUGGGAUCACUGCUCAACGAAAGGGAGCAAUUGACUCUCGAUAACAUCGGAAAACGCAGCACCAUGGAUUAUUUCGAGAUUGAUUCUCUUGCCCAAACGAUACUGGCCAUUCCAGAAGUCGAAAAUCUCGGUGACGUCGAGGCAAUCUUGGACGGCUCUCCGAUGCAAGAUUCUUUGGCACUGAGCCAAUUGAAAACGACCAAUCUAGACGCUUAUGAGAUUGACUUUACGUGGGAGGUUACGACAGAUCACACCGAAGGAGCAGGCGGAUCUAUCGACCCAGAUCAGCUCUUAGCAGCUUGGCAUGAAACAGUCGCAGCCCACUCCACACUCCGGACGGUUUUCCUGGAAUCUGCAAGUGCCACUGGAUCAGAAAUGAUUUACCAAAUCGUUCUGAAGGAACAUAUGCCAUGUUCUGUCCUUCUGAAAGCGGAGGACUCACAAGAUGCACUACAGCAGUUGAACAGCUACACGUCGUACAGAGAUCAAGGCCUGUUCCCUGACAGGAAGCCCCCGCAUAGGCUUCUCAUUUGCUCAACUUCUGACAAAAGAACGUUUGUCAGGCUUCAGGUGAAUCAUAUCCUCUUUGAUGGCAUGUCACAGAAGCCAUUACUACAAAGUCUUGCAAGAGCAUACGGCCAAGGUGUACUAGUUUCAGAUAGCACGCGAAACACCUUCGGUGACUUCAUCCGUUACAUUCGCGACCCGGAGCGCCGGAACAGCAGUCUGUUAUACUGGAAGGACCACCUCAAUGGUGUUGAGCCAUGCCUUUUUCCCCAUCUGUUGGACGCCAGGAUGGACAAGGAAUCACCCAAGUCUCAGAAGCCACAGAGAUGCCAUGCCCCGGUACCUUUAGAGGUGAAGCUGUCGGAACUUCAACGUGUCUCGGGCAAUUUGCAGGUUACCAUACCAACUCUAGUCCAUUUGGCAUGGGCGCUAGUGCUGCAGCUGUAUACCGGCGAGAAUCAUGCUGUAUUUGGAUAUCUUGCUUCAGGACGUGACGCACCACUUGACGGAAUUGAAGAUGCAAUUGGCCCAUUCAUCGCUAUGUUGGUCUGUUUCGUGGACUUCGGUCAGGACGUAAACUCGUCUUUGGUGGAAUUGAUGAACUGGAUGCAGGAGUGCUCAGCCGAUGCCAUCGCCCAUCAGGGAACCUCUCUCGCCGAGAUCCAAAGUGCCAUAGGAUUGCCGGGAAACUCAUUGCUGUUCAAUAGCGGUAUCUCAUUUCUCCCUAAGCUUUCGCGACAAUCUCAGAUCGAUCGCGGCCAGGACCUGAUCUUUGAAACGAUCACGGAGAAGGAUCCCACAGAAUUCGACUUGUCUCUAUUCGUUGAAGUCGACGAUAUUGACGGGAAAAUGGAGAUGCACUUUGACUUCUUGGGUUCGGCAUUCGGGAGCGAGCAUAUCAAGCAUGUGGCUGGUUCACUCAGCCAUAUGCUCUCAGAAUUGGUACGCGAUCCGCAUCAAAGUCUUCGCGAUAUUUUGAAGCCGAGCAAACGCGACAUGACUUCGAUCCUCCAGUGGAACAGUCCCUUGAUUACUCCCGUGGAAAAAUGCGCACACGAGAUCUUUGCCGAACGGGUGCGAGCGUUCCCAGACAGGGAGGCGAUUUACAGCUGGGAUGGGAUCAUGACAUACAAGCAACUCGAUGAUGCAUCCACCUGCAUUGGCCGACACCUCUUGCAGUAUGGCAUUGGCCCAGAGACAUUGGUUCCUGUGUGCUUCGAGAAAUCGCUAUGGACAGUCGUCGCUAUACUGGGUAUUCUCAAAGCUGGGGGAGCAUUUGUGCUACUUGAUCCAGCGCACCCAGAAGCACGCUUGUGGAACCUUAUCAACGAACUAGAAGCCUCUGUCGUGGUAUGCUCGCCAUUGACAGCAGAGUCGCGAGGCUUCAGGCUCCGUGCAGCCACCGAAACUAAGACAAUCUCCAUAGUUGAGAUUGGCCAAGGGCUUGUUGAUCAACUGCUUUCUUCUAGACAACACGAACUGGACAACGCACCGAUCUGCGAUUCAGUGAAGCCAGAGAACCUUAUGUACGCGGUGUUCACUUCUGGCACCACGGGAAAGCCAAAGGGUACCCUAAUAACUCACCGCGCAUUGGCCACGGGAUUGAGAGAACAUGCGGUCGCUACAGGUAUGACGCUUAUGGGACCUGAUACACGGUCCUUACAAUUUGCGUCAUACAGUUUCGAUGCAUCAAUAGGUGAUAUCUUCACCACCAUUGAAGUUGGUGGCUGCCUUUGUAUUCCGAGAGAAGAAGACCGUAGCCCUGUCGAGGUCACAACCUUCGUGGCACGCAGCAGGGCUACUUGGGCAGGUAUAACUCCGUCUUUUGCUGCCCUACUUGACCCGCUAUCGGUAUCCACCCUGAAAGCCCUCUGCCUGGCAGGCGAGCCCCUUUCCGUACAGCAAGUGAACGCAUGGGCUAGCCGUCUUCAGUUGAUCAACAUGUACGGUCCUACUGAAUGCACCAUAGCAUGCGUAUCGCACUCAGCUGUGACUCGGGAGAUUGGUGCGUCGAACAUUGGGCGUGGAUACCGCUGUGCUACGUGGGUUGUUGAUGAGAAUAAUCACGAUAUUCUUCGGCCAGUAGGUGUCAUCGGUGAGCUACUCAUAGAAGGACCUAUACUGGCCAGAGGAUACCUCAAAAGGCCCGAGACGACGGCGGCAGUGUUCAUUGACAGUCCUGAAUGGCUUAAGGGCGUUCGGCCGGACAGCAAACUCUACAAAACAGGCGAUCUUGUCCGCUACAAUUCUGAUGGAACGUUGAAUUUCAUUGGAAGGAAAGAUACACAAAUCAAGAUCAAUGGCCAGCGUGUUGAGGUUGGCGAGAUUGAGACUGUACUGAGCACCAGUCUUGAUCGAGACGAUGGUCCCAUCAUCGUCGAUUUGCUCAAGCGGGCUAGCCUCGGAGAGAGCGACAUGCUAGUUUGUUUUGUCUGCGUAAGGCCUGAUUCGGAGUCGUCAAAAGAGUCGUUUGCGAGUGAGGAACUCAUUCCUACAGAUGCAGAUUCGAUCGAGAAAUUACGUUCUGUGGUGGCCAAGAUACUGCGUCAACCAUCUACAACAUCAUCGCUCCCACGGUAUAUGCUUCCUCAAGCAUAUAUUCCGAUCAAGAAGAUCCCACUAUCAACUUCUGGAAAAACCAACAGACGUGCCCUUCAGGUAGCAACCUCAGCGCUGGCCCGUGUCCAGCUGGUUGGGUACACAGCGGCACUUACCAUAUCGACUAAUGGCGACGAUCUCGAAACAGACGAAGAGUUGCUCCUUGGCGAACUAUGGGAGAAGGUCCUGAACGUCCAAGUGACCAGCAAGAGAAGUAACUUCUAUAACCUUGGAGCAGAUUCAGUGAUUGCCAUGCGACUGAGGGCGGAAUGCCGACGCGUUGGAAUUGAUCUUUCUAUUGCAGAAAUCUUCGCCAAUCCGGAUCUGAUCGAUAUGGCAAGUCUUCUGACCAGUACCUCAACAACCAUCUCUUCCACUGCGUCAUCGAAUCUAGUCUCAUCAAGUGCAUCUACGAUAAGCGAAGGCUCUUGCAGUGAGCCAUUCUCGCUGGUGCGUCAUCUCGACAUCAAAUUUGAUGACGAGUCACUCCAAGAGAUAUCGGCAGAAUGCUCCCUAUCUGUCGAAGACAUCGAAGACAUAUAUCCCUGCAGUCCUAUGCAGGAAGCUUUGAUGGCCAUAUCCUCCUCAGACCCCAAACAACAAGCAUAUUGUCUCCAUGCUGCGUUCACCUUACCUCUGGAAAUGGAUGUCUCUCGUUUCCUUCUGGCAUGGGAGCAAACCAGUGUUCGCUUCGCAAUGAUGAGGAGUCGAAUUAUCUUGAGACCUCACGGCAGCUUCAUCGUCGUCGCUCGAUCUGCUCCUGCAGCUUAUUCGGUCACCGGAAAAUCAUGCGCGGAACAAAUGGCAUCACAACGGACUCAAGCAUUUUCCUACGGAUCUCCACUGUUGCGCCUAGGUGUGGUUUCAGGAGAACAGGGUGGUCCGAGUUCCUUCAUCAUUGGCGUUCACCACGCAGCCUAUGAUGGCUGGUCAAUGAAACUGAUCUGGGAUACUGUGAUUGGGUUCUUUCGCGGGGAUCCGGGUCCAACUCAUCCCAGUCCAUCAUUCCAAUCUUUCAUCAGAGAGCUCAAUUUGAAGAGCACUCUGCCUUCUGAAGAUUAUUGGAAGAACCAGCUAAUUGGCCAAGACGAGAACGGUUUUAAGUGGCCACCGGUGGCGAGUUCUCAUAAGCCGUCUGCAAGCUCGAGCAAGAAAUUUCGAUUCAACUACAUUGCACAGGCCAGUCGAAACCUCUCAGUAACUACAGCCGAUCUUGUCAACGCCGUGUGGGCUAUGACUCUGGCUAGGUAUUCGGAUAGUACUUUGGUCUCGUAUGGCGUAACACUAUCCGGCCGAGACAUCGCACUUCCCCAUAUCGAGGAAAUUGUUGGGCCGACCAUCGCUACAGUCCCGAGACAAGUAGAGGUCCGACAUGAUAUGAGCUUGGCGGACUACUUGCGAACAUUGCAACAAGUCAUUAAUUCGGCACUACCUCAUCAGCACCUUGGCCUCCAAAAGAUCCAAAGCUUGAGUCCAGCUGCACGGGAGGCUUGCGACUUCAAUACACUACUGGUUAUUACUCCGGGCUCGCUUACGGACAACUCUCUUCUCAACGAGCUCGGCAUUGUUCCCCUACCUAUCGAUUCAGCUGACUUCCAUCCAUACCCUCUUGUCCUCGAGUGUAGCAUCGAAGACGAUUCUCUGAACAUUGAAGCCGCCUUUGAUCCUCACUGCAUCGAUGAAUCGACUCUUACCCUUGCGAUGCAGCAAUUUGAUCACAUUCUGCAAAACGUCAGCCAAUGCACCUCGGAUUCGUCACUCAGUGACAUUGGUAGCCUCAUGGAUACAGCUCCCAGCCAUAUCGAUGCCAUUCUCGACUUCAACUCGAGCCAGCCGAAGGGGUUUGUUCCAAGACUUGUGCAUGAAAUAGUGGAACAGACCGCUCAUGAGCAACCAUCUGACAUGGCCGUAAUGUCUCAUGAUGGAACUCUGACAUAUCAGCAACUGGACAAACUCGCCAACAUCCUGGCGCAAGACAUACUCGAGCACAAACCUCACAAUAGCGAAUCUUGUUUCGUCGGUCUAUAUAUCGAUAAGUCAGCGGCCGCACUGGUGUCGAUGCUUGCAAUACUCAAAGCCGGCUGUGCUUUUGUACCUCUUGAUCCUACCCAGCCAGCAUCGCGCCUUGAAGCUCUCGUCGACACAGCUAGGGUGGAGAUCAUCUUAACCUCCCCAAGUCAUGCCAACCACCCAGCGCUUCAAGCCAAUGCCAUACCCAAGCUUCCCCAAGAGCUCAGCUCGCAUACCUCCUUUACACAUCUGGAACCACAGAAGGAUUACUUCAAACUGAGUCGGACGACGCGCAUGCUACAAUUCAGUAACUUCACCUUCGACGUCAGUCUUUUCGAGAUAUUUACCACACUCGCUGCCGGAGGUUGUGUAUGCGUCCCAUCCGAACAGGCACGCAUGGAUGAUUUGACCGCGUCUAUCCUCGAGAUGAAAGUCAAUGUGCUAUCUUUGACACCAACGGUUGCACGAAUUUUGGAUGGCGGCAAGCUCGUGGACGUAGAACUCGUGGUUUUCGCUGGAGAAGCUUUGGCACAGUCAGACAUCGAUGCUUGGGUGCAGCCCGGACGUCGCAUUGUCAAUGCGUAUGGUCCCACCGAGGCAUGCAUCUAUGCGACCGCCAGAGAUGUCGUGCAGGGCGGCCAUCAGAAAAGCAGUCGCAACAUCGGAAAGGGACUCGGCGUGGGCGUAUGGGUGAUGAGGCCCGAAUCAAAUACUCUCGCGCCAAUCGGUGCGGUUGGCGAGCUUUGUCUUAGUGGUCAACAGUUGGCGCGUGGCUAUCUUAGCAUGGAAGAGGCUACGUUACGCUCUUUCAGCACACAGACUUUUGGUACUGCGCCUGGAUCAAUGCGUACAGCACGGGUUUAUCGUACUGGAGACCUGGUCCGAUAUGAAUCAGAUGGGAGUCUUGAAUUCCUCGGCCGACGAGAUGGCCAAGUCAAGAUUCGUGGUCAGCGCAUCGAUGUUGGCGAGGUGCAGCACCACAUUCAGAAAUCAAUGGCCGCUGACACGCUUUUCCGCCAUUGCACUGUCCAGCUCUGCUAUCCAUCAUCUGGUGAUUCUCAGCAAGGGUCAGCUAAGACAGACCCCGUAUUGGUAGCAUUCCUUGUCAUGGAGCUGGACUUUGUGGACGCGCUAUCGGGUGUGCGAUUCUCUCAUUUGCGCACUGAAAGUGCCGACUAUCCCAACACGAUAGCCACCAAGUUACAGCACAGUCUUCGGGCGGUACUUCCCUCGUUCAUGGUACCCUCAAUAUUCAUUGCGCUGAAUAGGCUACCGAAUACUGCAUCAGGCAAGCUGGACCGUGGUUUCAUAGCAACAUAUCUCGGCUCCCUGAAUCUCGAAAGUUCAAACAGCGAUAACACGGAAAUUCUUCGCCCGCUGAACGCCAAGGAGGAUAUGCUAGGGGACUGGUGGGAGCGCCUAUUAGGAGUCCACAAGAGUCUUGUGACUGUGAACAGCGACUUCUUUUCUUUGGGAGGCAACUCACUCUCUGCAAUCAAACUGGUCAGCUUGGCUCGGUCUCUUGGCUACAAAACGACCUUUUCCUCCAUAUUCUCAAACCCUCUACUUUCAGAUAUGGCAAACCACAUUGAGCCAACGUCGGAAGACGCUGUCACCUCCGAGCUUCCCCUCAGUGCACCGACAUCAGCGCAAUUCGAUUUGAUAUCCGAAACCGAAGCACAGAGCGUGAUUCACUAUACGCUCCCGAAGUACGGCAUUGACUUUGAAGAUGUUGAAGACAUAUAUCCAGCUACGCCUUUCCAGGAGGAUUCCAUGGCCUCAACCGCGAGAACCCCUUAUGUAUACCUCAUGAUUGCUCACAUGGACAUACCCACAUCCGAUCUGACGAUGCUCAAGAGGUCUUGGGAACUUGCAUUCCAGAGGUUCGAGCUAUUGCGAACCCGGAUGAUUCCAGGCCAUGACGGUAGUGCUUUGCAGGUCGUCACGAAAAGUUCUGCUCUGACGUGGGAAGAAGUGCCAGAUAUUGAGACGUUCGCUGAAUAUGUGUACGACAACCACGAUUACGGCCAGCCGCUGGCUCGUGUCGGAUUUGUGAAGGCAGCCUCCUCGCUGCAAGACGCCGAGGAUACGAGCGGAACAGUCACCGUUCUUUUCAGUGCUUCACAUGGACUUUACGAUGGAUGGUCUUUGUAUAUGAUCUGGUCUAGGCUGUUUUCCAGUCCAUCAACCGAAAAUGAUGAUGAUAGCGGCGACAGAGCCACACCAUUCAAAGAGUUUAUACGAUACCAAGCAGCAUUGGAUCCAGCGGAUGCCAUCACAUUUUGGCAGAAGAAGCUCGAAGGCGCAUCCGGAGCAGAGUUUCCGGAGAAACCGGCAGACAUUGCUGCAAACUAUAUGCCCAUGGCCUCGUGGUCGAUCAAGCAAAAGCUGCCUCUUCCAACUCCAGAUGAUAUUCGCCAGUCUGGCGCGACGGUAGCUACCAUUGCACAAGCAGCGUGGGCACUCACCGUGAGCCAUUUCGGGGGAAGCAGCGAUGUCAUCUUUAAAACCGUCCUGUCUGGUCGCGCUACUGCUGCUGCCGGUGUUCCAGGCAUAGAGGAGAUGGCGGGACCCACGGCUGUCCUUAUCCCCUGCCGCACGCGUAUCGAUCAUAGUCUCAGUGUCUCAUCUUUCCUGGCCCAGUGCCAGAAUGAUCACCUUGAAGCUAUACCACAUGCUCACAUUGGAUGGGAAAGAAUAUCACGGAUCGAUGAAGAUUGUAACAAGGCAUGCAAACUGCAUAGCUUGUUCAACUUCCAAGCCGUUGCUUUUGAUGACCUUAACGCUCAAGCGGCCGGUGUUUAUUCUCCAAGAGUGUAUGAGAAUCCCAAAGGCUUUUCUCCCAAUGCCUUGUGUGUUGAUCUGGUGACAUUGGUUGGUGGAAAAGAGAUCCUGGUUACGUUCCAUUACGACCCCGUCAUCCUGCACAGUUCGCAGGUCGAGAGCAUCAUGGCGACUUUCAUCACGCUUUUUGAACAGAUGUUCCACAAGCCACCUUCGACACCAGUGGGAGACCUGAGUGCACUUUCAAAAUCUCAUAUGGAGACACGGCAGCCUCAACAGGUCGGGUUCAACGGUGGAUCCGACACAAACGCUGCAUCGAGCGGAUCGUACAUACAGCAUCUCGUACGACAGCACGUCGAUCGCAACCCAUUUCAUCAUGCUGUUGAGUCCUGGCAUGACAGCAUGACAUAUAUGCAGCUCGAAGAUUACUCCAACUCAUUGGCGGAGCGACUGGUCCGCCAAGGCGUGCGAUCGAACCAAGCCAUCGGUCUAGUUCUUGAUAAGUCUCCAUGGGUCAUUGUCGCCAUCCUGGGCGUCUUAAAAGCCGGGGGUUACCUUAUGCCCUUCGAUCCCAGCACAGACAGUAGCUCAUUGCCUGACUUGCUACACCACGCCAAAACGUCCACCGUUCUGGUCUCGCCAGCCUAUGCCUCAUUUUUCUCCGACGUCUCCGGCUGCCGAUGCAUUGUUGUCGCCGCGGAUACUUUGCCGAUACCCACUACGGCUUUCCUUAAGCCGGCUUAUCGCUCACCCCUACCUCCAACAGCAUCAGACUACGCUUUUGCGUUCCCACCGUUCUCUGCAGAUGCCGGAUCAGCUCCAAGUUUCGUCACUCAAGGAGAACUAUGCGCUGCAUUAUUUCAGGUAGGGGAACGGAUGGCCAUGGACACAGAAACUCGGUCACUGCUGUACAAUGAAUCAUGGUCUACUACCAUGCUGGUCGAUAUCCUCGCUCCGCUUGCAUACGGUGGCACAAUCUGCUGUCCGCCGCUAAGUAGCAGCAUCUCCAAUGUUGGCGAAAGUAUCAAAUCCUUUGGCGUCAACGCCGUCACCAUUCCUGUGGCUGUAUCCAGGAUACUUGAGCCCAACAAUAUGCCGGCCUUGCGACAGGUAUGUUUGUACGGCGACAUUCCGACACGUCAUGAUGUGGCUCGAUGGAGCCAACGUGCCAGAUUGUUCCUGGCCUGGGGUGUGGGGGAGAUGGGCACCAUUGCAUUUUUGGGAUCCCCUUCGCAAAGCCAACAUAGAGAGUUUGUCGGCGCUGCAACUGGGACCUGCGCUUCCGUCGUGAACCCACACAACUUUUCCGAGCGUGUGCCACCAGGAGCAAUUGGUAUCCUUAAGCUUCACCAUUUCAACCUCUCGAGCGCUCAUGCUGGGCAAAUUAAGACCGAGGGGCUGCAGCGGUUCAGAGCUAAUGCAGACAGAACGCUGACUUUAAUCGAGCCAGCAGCUGAACGCAAGUUGACAGUCAAUGGUCAUAGAAUCAAGAUCAGAGAUAUUGAAGAUGCAAUCCGACAGCACCUACCUAGCUCCUCGGACGUAGUGGUGGAUCUGUACGCUCCCCAAAUACUGGGAGACGAUCUCCGACUUGGAGCCGUUGUGACGGCGAGCAGCACAGCACCGUGGACGAGCGAGCAGGGAGCAGCAGCCAAUCUAGCUGGUCAACUAGCCACAGCUCUCCAGCCCAAACUCAACGCAUCGCUGUCGCCCACGAGCAUCCCGUCCUUUUUCACAGCGCUCCCCGCAUUCCCACUGACAACGGCCGGCCAGCUCGAUCGAAGCCGCCUCCAGGAGCUCGUGCGAAACGCACCCGCCGACUCGCUAGCCAUCUGCCCCGAGAUACACGGCUACGACGCUCCACUCUCGUCGAGCGAACGCCUGCUGGCCUCUCUCUGGAUCAAGACGCUGAAUCUUGACCAAUCAACGGAGCUGAGCAGGCAUGACCAAUUCUUCGAUGAUUGGAGCGGCAACGAGCUGCGGGCGCUGCGGCUCGGCGCCGAGCUGAAGCGCCACAACUGGCUGCUCCAUGUGCCGACCAUGUUCGACCAUCCCACGCUCGGAGCCAUGGCUGCCGCCAUGCAGCCGGACGGCUCAUUCUCGCAGCUGCCCGGCAAUGAACAUUAGUUUCUGCGAUGGCAGGUUGUUUCUUCAGAGUUCGAUGUGAUGAUAGGAUUUCUAUUGUCAAAAUUGGGGCUUUUUGUCACGCUUGGUGAGAAAGCCUGCGAAGCACAGGGCAUGUGAUCGGAGCAAUGAAGGAAUCUUUUGAGCCUUCUUAUUGAGAAGCUGGCACUAUUAGUAGUAGUAUGACUACCUAAUAGAGCGCUCUCUAAGGCACAACGGUAGUGGUGGUACGACUCGUAUUGUAUUGACUAAGGAGCUAUUCACACGUUCGUAGAUCCGUGUUGCGUGCAGCUGCGUCCAAGCUCCCCGCUAGGACCCACCUGCACGUGUCACCAAUCAUGUGACUACUCCUCCGCUUGAUACCACCAAGUCACUUACGGACUGUAUUCUCAACACUUCUUUUAUUUUAAUUCUUGGCGAUAUCUUGUUUUCUGAUAGUUCAAGGCAUACGGGGCGUUAUGGAGAACAAUUCCUGUUUCUGCUUAGAUAAAAUACGAGGGUUGUGAGAUAGCCGAUGUCUUAGUAGUAGCUAUCACGUAAGGUCUCUAUGGAGUAGUUUAUUCUCUA